AUAAAUUCUUGAAUUGCGACCCACUUUCGGUAAACUUUUUGUCGAGAUGUAAAUGAAAUGGCUUAUAACAGAGAAAACGACAAAGCUUGAAACCGUGGCAGGGGGAGGAAACUUCAAUGACUUAUUGAGGUGAACGCGGAACUUAUUUGUUGUGCUUCAAGGGCAGCAUGAAAUUUAAAGACGCCAUACCAGUUUUAGUUCUUGUUAUAGCAGUUCUAUAUUACCAAAGCAACCGAGAAGACCCGGCAGACCUCGCCCUACUGAACGCGACCUAUGAUUACAUUAUAGUGGGGGCUGGAUCUGCGGGAUGUGUACUUGCAAACAGACUUUCGGAAGAUCCAGAUUCCUCGGUGCUCAUUAUAGAGAAUGGGGGAUCAGAAGACGAAAACGAGAACAUCAGCCUUCCAAUUUGUCCUGCAGAAGUUCAGCAAUCAAAACAGGACUGGAGGUUCCAAACUGUGCCCCAGAAGAAAGCGUGUUUGGCGCUGCGUGAUAGGAGAUCCGCCUGGCCUCGGGGAAGAGUCCUUGGUGGAACAAGUAGCUUGAACUACAUGCAAUAUAUCCGCGGCAGUCGUCAUGACUACGAUGGUUGGGCAAGAGAGGGGUGUACAGGAUGGAGCUAUAGAGACGUUCUCCCAUAUUUCAUUAAAUCAGAGGAUGUUCAGAUUCCAGAGCUUCAAAAGUCAGCUUAUCAUGGAAAAGGGGGUUGUUUGUCCGUCAGUGACGGGACUGCCACGCCCCUCAAUAAGAAAGUUUAUGCUAGAGCAAUGGAGGAACUCGGAUAUCCAACCAUAGAUUGUAACGGUAAAUCACAAAGAGGGUACUGUUUUGCUCAGGAAACGGUAAAGAAUGGAGAGCGUUGUAGUACUGUUAAAGCCUUUCUACGACCGGCCAUGGGACGCAAGAACCUUCACGUCUCCAUGAAUUCACAUGUUACAAAGAUUUUGAUAAAAGACAGGGAAGCUGUCGGUGUAUCGUUCGUGAGAAACAACAGGAAGCACGUGAUAAUGGCAAACAAAGAAGUGAUUGUCUCCGCGGGGGCGGUCAGUUCACCCCAGAUCCUGAUGCUCUCUGGAAUAGGACCGAAGGAGCAUCUAGAAUCCAAAGGGAUCCCGGUGAUUGCUGAUCUUCCGGUUGGAAAUAAUCUACAAGACCAUAUAAUGACGGAUAUGGAAUUCUAUGAUAACACGACAAGCGCCACUACCACCGCCAAAGCAAUGUCCCCUAGUGCUAUCAUUCAAUAUUUGGCAACACGCUCAGGUAUUUUGACCAAGAGCCAACAGGAAGGAACUGCAUUUCUCAUGGAUGACGAAAAGAUUCCACCACAACUUCAGAUUAAUUUCUACAGCUUUACCUUAACACCAAAUUCCAUUGACCUCUUUUUGGAUAAUAUUAACCUGGAUCCAAAGAUGAAAGAAGGUAAGACGAAGGAAACCCAGAGGAAUAUAGACAGAAAUAUCGGGACAUUUUUCGUGUUUCCGGUCCUUCUCCGUCCUAAGAGUAAGGGGACUAUUGCCCUUCAGAGUGCUGAUCCCUUUGAUCCUCCAGUUAUAGAUCCACGCUACCUGGAACACACUGAAGACGUCAAAACACUCUUGAAAGGAGUACGAAAUAUUUUACAACUCGGUGAUACUAAAGCUUUUCAGUCAAUUGGUGCCUCGUCACAGGAUCCAUUGGAGGCGUAUCAUCCACAUUGUGAUGGUAUAUCUAAGGGUUCAGACGAGUACUGGAUCUGUAGGAUAAGACAUUACACAUUCACUGUCUAUCACCCGACCUCCACCUGUCGAAUGGGAGCCAAAGAUGAUCCAACGGCUGUGGUUGAUCCUGAACUGAGAGUGAAAGGGAUUCAGAAUCUCCGGGUUGUGGAUGCGUCCGUCAUGCGUAAUGUUCCUUCUGGAAAUACAAACGCUCCAACCAUAAUGAUUGCAGAAAAAGCGGCAGAUAUGAUAAGAAAUAUCGAUAGUGUAAAACAUAUCAGAGAAAAAACUGAUAAAGUGUAACUAUAGUGACGAAGGGAUAAUUCUAAUAUUUAAUCAUAAUGUGCAAAAUUCAGUCAAAGUUAUUAAUGUGUUAAAACAGAAACUAUAACUACAAUGUAGCAACUCCACACACACACACACACACACACAUGUAUUAUUAAUUAACUUCCUUGCGCUGAGUGAGUUUGUGUUGUAUGCGAGCAUUACGUAUAGCCAUGGCCAUAGACUGACCAAUAAUUAUAUGCAUGACUGGUUCUAAUCCACGUCACAUUCCCGCCACUACCUUUCCGAAGGGACUUUCUCUGCCUGUCCCUUGGAUAGGACAGAUCAUUAUUACAUACAGUAAAAUAUAUAACAUCUUCAGAAUCCGUGUCCCUGUAAGCAUCUAUGUCGUGCGUUUAGUUUAAGUGUGUAUGCCCCAUUGUAUUGUCAAUGUGUAAAAUCAUAUACGUGUUAUACUUUAAGUUCAAGUUUGUUGGUGGUUAUACUAAAUUGAAAAAUCCUGAGAUACCCAAAAUGAUUUCUCUACAACGGGUUAUAUAUCAAUAUAUAUAUAUAUAUAUAUAUAUAUAUAUAUAUAUAU